AUGUCUGCUUUACGACCUUUGCGACGAGGUGUGAACCUCCUGGGCUCAAGAUAUGUCUCUCAAUCCGCUCGUGUCGCGGCCAAUGGCUCCAACAUUCUCCAGCGGCAGCUCCCAUCUCCGCUCCAGGGCCGCUCCAGGGCCGCUGGCAUAGCUCCCCGAUUCACUGCUGGGCCUUCGGUGAACUCCCAAAAUGAGGGCAUGCGACGUUAUGCCUCGUCUUCUGCCUCUGGACCGGUCAAAAAGACUCAAUUGUAUGAUUUGCACAUUGCCCGGGGAGCGAAGAUGGUGCCCUUUGCGGGGUACUCGAUGCCCCUGCAGUAUUCGGAUCUCAGUCACGUCGAGAGCCACCACUGGACCAGAGAAAAGGCUAGUUUGUUCGACGUGAGCCAUAU